ACAUAUUUGACAGGGCACAGUCAGGCAUAGCCUGUACUCCAGCUCAGUGUUCAGUUAGGCACAGACGCUCUAGCCACUCUCCCACUCUUCUUGAUUUUCAUUCGGAUUUGUUGGUGCCGAACAGCAAAAAGCAGCCAUGGAUGCCAUCAAGAAGAAGAUGCAGAUGCUCAAGCUCGACAAGGAGAAUGCCUUGGACAGAGCUGAGCAGGCUGAGGGAGAUAAGAAGGCGGCGGAGGACAGAAGCAAACAGUUAGAGGACGAUAUAAGAGAGUUGGAAAAGAAAUUGCGCAUUUCUGAGGACGAAAGAGAUAAAGUGUUUGAGGAGUUCCAAACUGCUGAGGAAAAGCUGCUGACUGCUGAGGAAGUGGCCACCAAGCUUGAGGACGACUUGGUAGCUCUGCAGAAGAAACUGAAGGGAACUGAGGAUGAGUUGGACAAGUACUCCGAGGCUCUUAAAGACGCUCAGGAAAAACUUGAGCUGGCUGAGAAGAAAGCCACAGAUGCUGAGGCAGAUGUCGCUUCACUUAACAGACGUAUCCAGCUGGUGGAGGAAGAGUUGGAUCGUGCUCAGGAGCGUCUGGCUACUGCCCUGACCAAGCUGGAGGAGGCUGAGAAGGCUGCUGAUGAGAGCGAGAGAGGCAUGAAGGUCAUUGAGAACAGGGCCAUGAAGGACGAGGAGAAGAUGGAGCUGCAGGAGAUCCAGCUCAAGGAGGCCAAGCACAUCGCUGAGGAGGCUGACCGCAAAUAUGAGGAGGUUGCCCGUAAGCUGGUCAUCAUUGAGGGAGACCUGGAACGUACAGAGGAGCGCGCUGAGCUGAAUGAGAGCAAAUGCUCUGAGCUUGAGGAAGAGUUGAAAACUGUGACCAACAACCUGAAGUCACUGGAGGCCCAGGCUGAGAAGUACUCACAGAAAGAGGACAAAUACGAGGAGGAGAUCAAGGUCCUCACCGACAAACUCAAGGAGGCUGAGACUCGUGCUGAGUUCGCUGAGAGAUCAGUAGCCAAGCUUGAGAAGACCAUUGAUGACUUGGAAGAGAAACUGUCACAAGCUAAAGAAGAGAACCUCGGUAUGCACCAGAUGCUGGACCAGACUCUAAUGGAACUGAAUAAUUUGUGAAAGCACAGUCUGACCCCAAAAGCACUGUGGUUUUGGCUUUUUGUACUUGCACCUUGCUUCACCAUAAACCCCUCUUCUCAUACCUUGGCCAUGGUGGAGAUGAAACAGCCAGAUGCUUUUCCUAUUGCACCGUCCUGCCUUCAGCGGAACUCGACCAACAAGCGAAGCUCAGGGGAAGUAAAGCUUAACCAUUCCCUUUGAUGAAGCCUAAACUGAGAAACAAGAUUGUUUUCACAAGCAACACGUUUUUAAUCUUGUAAUGGUGUCCGCCUUUUGCAAACCUUGAGAUAGUUCUUUUUUUGACAAGUGGUGAAAUGAAAUGUGCAACAUUGUUUUUAACACCUGCAUUGAAGCUGAUCUGGUACAUUCCAUUCCACCUUGAUUAUGCACAUACUAAAGGACAAAGUGGAGAGAUUUUGCUCUUGGUUAAACCUCAACAUUAUGCACAUUUUGAAUUCUGUAAGACAAAUUAUGUUUAAAAGAUGUAUGCUUUCCUAUAAGAAGCUUUUAUCACUAGUGUAAGUAUACACUGACUACACCUGUCAGCUUGUAUACUGGUGCUAUAGUAUUGUUUAGCAGUGACGGAAAAUGCUAAUGCAUUACAUUCCUAUUCUUUAAACCAUAGUUCAACAUUUUUUCAUCUUGUCUCCAAAGUAUGAUUUCAGUCAACUGGUUGUGCAUUUUAUUAGUGUUGAUGUCUCAAGUGUUUAUCAUAUCUGAAAUGUACAAAUUAUAAAAAUUAAUAAAAGCACGUUCUGAAAGUU